AACCCGCCCCUCUCUCGGUUACCGUGGUUGCAGGCUGGGGCCCGCCUGCUCGCCCGCUGACAGCGAGGCUUAGAGCGGAGGGAAGCGAGCGGGUCGGUUGGUCGGUCGGGAACGAGGCUCCGGCGGCCAGGCCCGCGCAGAGUUGUUGCCAUGGCAGCCGCCGCCGGGGGCGCGGACAACGAGCCGCGCUCGGGCCGCUCGAGCUCGGAUGGCGAGUGCGCGGUGGCGCCGGAGCCGCUGACUGGCCCCGAGGGCCUCUUCUCCUUCGCCGAUUUCGGGUCUGCGCUGGGCGGCGGCGCGGGCCUCCCGGGCCGGGCGUCCGGCGGGGCCCAGUCCCCUCUGCGUUACCUCCAUGUCCUGUGGCAGCAGGACUCGGAGCCCCGCGAUGAGCUGUGCUGUAAGAUCCCCGCCACCCGGCUGAGGCGCGCCGCCAGGCCCCACCGCCGGCUUGGGCCCACCGGCAAGGAGGUGCACGCUCUGAAGAGGCUGAGGGACUCGGCCAAUGCCAACGAUGUGGAAACAGUGCAGCAGCUGCUGGAAGAUGGCGCGGAUCCCUGUGCAGCUGAUGACAAGGGACGCACAGCUCUACACUUUGCCUCCUGCAAUGGCAAUGACCAGAUCGUGCAGCUGCUCCUGGACCAUGGGGCUGAUCCCAACCAGCGAGACGGGCUGGGGAACACACCACUGCACCUGGCGGCCUGUACCAACCAUGUCCCUGUCAUCACCACACUGCUACGAGGAGGGGCCCGCGUAGAUGCCCUGGACCGAGCUGGCCGCACACCCCUGCACCUGGCCAAGUCGAAGCUGAACAUCCUGCAGGAAGGCCACUCCCAGUGCCUGGAGGCCGUGCGGCUGGAAGUGAAGCAGAUCAUCCAGAUGCUGAGGGAGUACUUGGAGCGCCUAGGGCGGCAUGAGCAGCGGGAACGACUGGAUGACCUGUGCACCCGCCUCCAGAUGACAAGCACCAGAGAGCAGGUGGAUGAGGUGACCGACCUCCUGGCCAGCUUCACCUCCCUCAGCUUGCAGAUGCAGAACAUGGAGAAGAGGUAGCAAGAGGGGCUCCCUGCCUUCCUGCCCUGCCCCUGCCCUCCCUGCCCACCUGCUGUCUCAUUACAAAGAAAAGCCUGAUGCCUGGGACUGUGGAGCUGCACUUGCCUGGGAGUCCCUCGCCCCCGCCCCCAGAGGCCAGAGAUGCUACCCCACCGACCUCAGAGCCUCUUCCAGCCGCGGUUUCUGCCGGCUUUGUGGGCUGGGACCAUAGCCCCCAGCUUCUUCCUCUGACUCCCCUCACAGUGUAGCCACACCUCAGCUCUGGCUGUCAUGCGCUGUUCUAGCAGGCCUCACGUGUCCCAUGGCCGCCCUGGCACCCUUAGCAGGCCCCACACCCUUUCUGUGUCCCUUCCCGACCAUGGGCUUGUUGCAGCCAGCAGGGGGUGGACUUUGGGCAGGCACCCUCAAGCCUAGGGGGCUUCUUGGCUGGCUCUGCACCUCUCACCAGCACUUAGAUUUAGACUUGGCACCUGACUUUCAAGGAGAUACCGCAGUGAGUUUCUCUGGUUGGCAGGGGAGGAUUGGUGAAGCUCAGACCUUAGAAGUACAAGGUUAGGAAGGACUCUGCUGAACCCAAAGCUGAAAGCCUCCAAAAGCCUUUUCCUCCCAAUCACUGAAACACCAGGAGGGCAUAGCAGUCCUGCAGCCUCGCUGUGGGAGACUGGAGUGGUCCCCACGAUGUACAUGUUCUAAUCCCAGGAACCUGUGAAUGUGACCUCAUGGCAAAAGGGACUUUGCAGCUAUAAUAAGUUAAGGACUUUUGGACAAGGCCAUUAUCCUGGAUUCUCCGGGUGGCCUGAUGUAAUCACAGGCAUCCUUCAUAAGAGGGAAGUGGGAGAUGAGACAGGAAGUAGAGAUACGGUGACGGAAGCGAGGAGUUGGAGCAAUGCGAGGAAGGGGUCACAAGCCAAGGAACGCAGGCGGCCUCCAGAAGCUAGAAAAGGCCAGGAAAUGGACUGUCCCGUCAGAGUCCCCAGAAGGAGCCAGCACUGCUGACACCUUGGCUUUUGCCCAGUCAGACUGAUUUUGGAAUUCUGACCGUCAGAACUGUAAGAGAAUAAAUUUGUGUUUUAAGCCACUAA